GUUGUUGAGAAGGAAGAGAGGCGUUUUUAAUACACGUUUGAAGUGGGAGGGGAUAGAGGACGGUCGCAAUGUUGCAUUAAUGUUAAAACGAGAGCUGACGGCAGGAGCGAUUUUGCAUAAGAGGGGGGAAGGGGGAGAGUCGGUCUUAUUGGGAAGAUGGACACUCGAGUGAUUGCGGGCUGUUUGCAUUCAUGCAUGCGGCUUUAACCAUGGCUGCGUCCAGGCUGGGGAAAUAUUGGGUCGCUGUGUGGAGACGUUGUACGUCUGUGUUUGCCGGUUGUGCUGCGUCGGCCGAGCUCGCUACGGCUUGCUGGCUACUAACCGGGAUUGGAUUCACAGUCAAAGCUGCCAGUUCCUUGCCCGCAAGGACAGAGAAGGGGAUGAGCCGCACUUUAACCUUCCGCGGUUGCUUCUGCGGGCCGUUUAUUUAUUAAUUUUUUGCCUUUUAAAGUGCAAGGCAGGCUUCCGUUGUGGGGAGAGGAGAGGAGAGCAGAGAAGAGCAGAGGAGAGGAGAGGAGAGCAGAGGAGAGGAGAGGAGAGAAGCGGAAAGCGGAGAGGAGAGAGGAAGGGAGAGGAGAAUAGAGGAGGGGAGGUAGGGAAAGGGGAGGAGAGGUGGGGAGAGGAGAGGAGAAUAGGGGAGGAGAGAAGGGAGAGGAGUAGAGAGAGGAAGGGAGAAGAGGGGAGAGGAGAAUAGGGGAGGAGAGGUGGGGAAAGGGGAGGAGAGAAGGUAGAAGAGAGGAGAGGAGAGGAAGUAGGGAGCUGAAAGCCGAUUUGCGAAGCUGGAAGAUGAUGAGCAGCAAACGGCGUGACGCUCAGCGGCAGCUGUCGGCGGAGCGGCCGGGACAGGGCAUCAAGCGGCCCCGGGCGCCCGCGUCCACCGCCGCCUCCACCACCGCGGCCGCCCCUCGGCUCAAGGACCUGUCCGGUGCUGAAAGCAGCGGCCGCGCCAACCCCCCGCUGCCCACUUGGAUGCGGAUGUAUUUCUACGGGAUGCACGGAAUAACCCUGGACGUCCUGCUGUCGUCGGCCCGGCGCUUCGUGGAGACCGGUGACCCCAAGCUGCUGGGCUACUCGUCGCCUUUCCUCGGGCUGCUCCACUCGCUCUCCUACCUGGCCCUGGAGAAGGUCUACCUGCAGGAGAAGAACUUCCGAAGCUGCCCCGCCGUAUUCCACCUGGUGGUCUACCCUUCGGUGUACGUGGGGUUGAAGAGCCUGUUGACCUCGCUGGUGGAAGGGUCGCCGUCCUCCCUCACCACCGUCCUCUUCCACUACCUCCUCUCACUCUACGACUCCCAGCUCUUCCUCAAGGGCUUCCUCCGCCUGCAAUGCUGCUGCCGGGCGAGAUGCCCCGAGCGCCUGCCCUCGCCCCGGGGUCUGCCCGGCUCCCUCCGCUUCGUCUUCUACGGGAUGCACGGGUUACUGGACGAGAUCUUUUUCACUUCCGUGUUCAACCUGGUGGAGCGAUCCGACCGCACGCUGCUGGGCCACACGUCGCUCUGGUCUUUCCUCAUGUACGGCAGCUGCAGCUUCGUGGUGGAAAAACUCUACUUCCACCUCUACCACCGCCUGGGCUGGAGCACCUGGCAGAGGUUACCGGUCUACGUCCUCUUCAUAUACACCUGGGAAUUCACCUGGGGACUGGGACUCCGCCGAUUCAACGCCUGUUCCUGGGACUACUCCCACUAUCCGCUCAACUUCAUGGGUCUCAUCACCUUGAUGUAUCUGCCCGGUUGGGUCGCUCUCAGCUACUACCAAGACGUGUUGUCCAACGUCUUACAUCGCGUGCAGUGUGCCGCAGGCAGAGGGUCUAAGACUGCCGACAGUAACGGUAAAAGCAAAUCAUCAUCUUGACUCAAGCACCAGCCCUCUUCAUUUUUUUUUUAAAAGACUACAUCUGAAACUAAUGGGAAUUUUGAUAACGAUGGGAUAUCUUUUAAUAAACGAUGGAAGGGUCGCAGUUAGAUAUUAGCUCUGGAUUAGGUAGAUUUAACAAUUAACGACCAGCAAGACCGGUUUCCAAUGGCCUGCAUGCUCCCGUCUUUUCUUUUGGUACCGACGACCCUACUGCUUGAACCACACGGUUAAAGAUCGUUGUGGCUGUAAUUCUCGAACCUGCCACUUGCAGUGAAAUUAUCAAAUGAUCACCGGUGGGAUUGAACGCUGCUUACAGCGCCGUCGAGUGGGCACCACUUCUUUACAACAACAAAAUAAAAACAGCCACUGCAGGAAGAUUAUUUCUAACCCGCCCCCCUCUACCGACCAGCGUUGAAACACAAUGAGG